AUGUCAACAUCUUUCACCAACUAUCUCCUAGUGGCUGUCAGCACCGUCACGAUCCAUCCUGUAUGUCGCACAAAGGACGGAAUGGAUAUACUCAUGAAAAGUGAGUUGGGCCUGCAAGACCAAGAUCCCCGGAUUCUGUGGGAGGAGGACCUGCAGCCUAAGACCUCCAUCCUUAAAAUCCUCAUUCCUCUAUCAAAUUUCAAUAAAUCGGAAAUCAAGAGGAUCACUUACAUCAAACAAGUACCGGGAAGCCAAACUCAGAUACAUGGGGCUCCCAUUUUCAAUAAGGAAUGGCAACUCAAGAAUGCUUUUCAGAAGAAACACAAGGUGCCAGCUAGGUGUUCCCAGUUGCAGGCAGCUCAGACUGAGUCGCAGAUAGAUACUGACAUAGAAAUUGAAGGGGAUUCCAUGCUAGAGAUGGAGGGCAGCUUGGGGCAGCAGGCUUUUGUCAAGGCUGGAAUGAAAAGAGAAAAGCCUGUAGGACAAACAGAGGAAAAGAAUUGGGAGCGUCUUUUCCAGGCGGUAUACUAUCACAUACGCAAGCUGCUCAAGGAGCAAGUCCAAGAGUGCAAUCGCUCGCACAUUUUACCCUUCACAGAGAUAGCAGAUCUCUGGUACUGGUCUUCAGAAUUUGCCACCAAUCCCAUACCAGAUGCUACCAAUUCACAGAAGCCUGAUCUCAUCCUCCUGGAUUACAGGCUCAGAAAGUUCAGUUUCUCGCAAAAGUCCUGGAAAGACAUCCUCACAGGAGUUGAGAUCACCCAAUCUGACCUCUCUGUCAAUUGCAAAAUACCUUUGUUAUUGAGGAUUACUACCAAGGGCUAUCUGAUGAUGCAGGAGCAACCAUGGCGUCAUUUCAUCCUACUUUUUAGUAUCUCUAAGUUUAAACUUUGUGCCCAUUAUAUGGAUCACUCCGGCAUGGUGAUCUCAAAACCACUCUUGAUUGUUACAUCCCCUGUACAUUUUGUCAACAUGUUGAAUACCAUCACUUUAGCAAAUCGCUCUUCCCUUGGCUUUGAUCCAACAAUCCAUAUCUGCAACUCUUGCAACACCAUUCCAACUCGCGCUAAUUUACUGAGCAGCUUUGAUGCUAUGCUUCCUGGGGCAAUAGGCUGUAUUUAUGACAACGAUGGAGAUGUGUACUGGAUUAUGGAUAUUCUAUGGAAAAGCUGUGGACUUUUCAAGCGUGGAACCAUCUGCUAUUGCGUUCGAGACAAGUUUAAUCAGGAUUACGCACCAAAGGAUUGUUGGGUCAAUGAGGAUGUCAAAGACGUCGAGAUCCAGCUUCUCAAAGCGGUCAAAGGCAUCCCAAACAUUGCUCAACUCAAGAAAUAUUGGGAUGUGCUUUAUAAUGGGAAGCCCGACUCCACUUCGCACAUUCGUAGUCAUUGCUCGACAUUCAAAUUCGAGAAAAAAAUUCAUCAGUGUAUUCUCUUAACACCCUGUGGGGUGCCAUUGACGCACUUCAAUAAUGUACCUGAGUUAAUCGGGGUUUUUUGUGACCUUAUUGUUGCCCACAAGGCAAUGGUAGGCCGACAUGUCCUUCACGGAGACCUCAGCCCUAACAAUGUUAUAAUUUACGAAGGAAAAGGCUAUUUUAUAGACUUUGACCAUGCAAAGUUUCUCAGUGAUGAUGGGAAAGCAGAUCCAAGUCCACGCGGUACUGGAACUGUACCAUACAUAUCCUUUCACAUUCUCCGCCUAAUGGGAGAUGGCCUUUUGGUCCAAAAUAUGCCCUGCAACAAUCUCGAGUCACUUUGUUACAUCCUGUUCGAAUUCACUGUGAUGUAUAUAAGACUGAAGGGUGCACUGGCCCCCCGACCUAGUGAAGAAGUUUUGCGAUGGGAUGCCGUUCGGAGGUGGGCACUCUCCUAUGAGAAGAUGACCCAAGAUGGUCUCGUGAUCAGUAGUAUUUGGAAGUGGGAAUUCAUCCAUGGUAUGGCUGACCCACUGCUUAUCACCCUGUACUUUAUCCUCUGCUGCCCCCUCCUUGAAGAGUGGCAUUGCGAGAUUUCUCUCGCAAGUACUCAGUCAAUUCCCGUGUCUCACAAUAAAAUCUGUGAUAUUCUAACACAGGGCAUAAGUACGAUCAGUCAGCAACUUGCUCAGAUACCUCCUCCUGCACUUCCAGCACCUCCAUCUGCACCAGAACCAACCAUCACUCCAUUUCCUCCUCCUGCAUCUACAUCACAGCAGGUUGCAACCAUUUCUGCAUCGCAGACAGUACCUCCUGUACCACCAUCUGUGCCUGCUGGUGCGCCAACUGUCGUGCAGUCGCUUCCUGAUCUUUCCUUAGCUGUUUGUCACUUGAAGACGGUACCUGUCAAAUGCUAG